AUGUUGUGCUCGUCCGCUCAUUGUCAACAACUUGYUCAUGUUUUUGGUAUUUUCUUCAUUUUCAUCAUAAAGACAUCAAUUUAUGCACUGCAAUGCGGCCAGUCAUACAAUGGAUCCUCAGACGUGAAUUUCACAAGUCCUGGUUGGCCAAAUACAUAUACCAUCAACCUGGAUUGCCAGUGGAAAAUAGCAUUUCGACCUAAAACCUACAUAAAGCUUGUGAUCACUGAUUUUAAUCUACAAACGACGGGCUGUAAUGAUUAUCUCUCAAUUGAACCAUCAAAUGGAGAUAUUUUCAUCGGAUGCGGGGGUAAGGAAACAGCACCCAUGGUGUUUUACACUUCGGAAAACUAUACAACAGUUACCUUUAUAUCAGAUGGAGUAACWAGUAGCUCAUCGCGUGGUUUUAGAGCCGAGGUUCACGUCCUUCAAGCGAUGUGCCCACAAAAUCAUCUCAGUGGGUUAUCAGGAAACUUCACCAGUCCAAACUUUCCAGACCACUAUCCUUUCAAACUCCAAUGCAUCUACAACAUCACGGCACCACAGGGAUACCGCAUUGAGAUUGAAUUUUCAGUCCUCGACCUCGAGUAUCAUGUAAACUGUACAGCGGAUUACCUUCUUGUUGAAACUGUUGCUGGAUGGUUUCAAUAUUGCGGGAGAUUCACUCCACCCAUGCCAUAUAUGGUAUCAAAGGGUGCAAAUAUGGUAGUGGUGUUUGUAUCCAACGAGAAAAAUGUGUAUCAAGGGUUUAAGGGCCAUUAUAAAGCAGUUCCAUUGGCUGUGACCUCAACUGCUUCUCCUAUACAGCCCACAAAGACAAUGUCUGUAAUGCCUUCCAGUACAGUCGUAACACCACCUCCUGAAAUGCCAGAUUAUUUGGUCGGUUCGUUCGUCCUUAUGAAAAACAAUUCAAUGAAAGGACACACAAUAAAGAAGCUGGUCACAUCAAGCAAUAUCGCCUGCGUUAUGUUAUGCCAGCGGAAUGCAAGGUGCAAAUCAGUGACAUACAUGACUCUCCACAAGUCCUCAGGACAUUGCAUUUUACACGACACGGUUGGAACGCCUGACUCUUUAGAACAGCGAGAUGAUGCGGUGUUUUAUCGAAUAGUAGCCUAACGAGUUGUUGGGCGUUGCCUKUAGCUUUAAAGGCUUGCAGCUAAAUUUCAAGCAUGUUCGAAACUCAGGCGAUUGUCGCGCGAA